UCCCACCUGGCCCUGAAAUGGCCACAAAAAUCAUUUAUUUUAUGGUUCAUGGGAGGGUGGAGCAGGCAGAGUUUGACUCAGACUGCACGGCUGAAGAUGUCAAAGACUUGUUCCGAGCGGCAGCAGAUGCGGCUCCUCAUCACAUCCUGAAGAUGUACAAAGCCAAUGGCAGCGUGGUGAAUAUCUCGCCCAUGCUGGAGCCAAACAGCCAGGACUCGUACUACCGGCUGGAGGUGGUGGCGUCUGACCUCCCGAGUGUCGCUAUGUCAACUGAGCUGGACGACAUGGAGCACAGGCUGUGUCACCUGGAGACCAAAGUCCUGGAAGAGUCAGGGAAGACUCCAGAAAUCAUUUGUGAUCUGAAGAGUCAGGUGGAGUCCUUCAAGCGCAAGCUAGAGAACGUCAAGCACCUGAGCUGGAUGGGUCUGUUCAGGGAUGAUGGCCCGCCGAAAACCAGAGGGCCUCAGCAGAGCGUGAUUGAGGAACGCCAACAGGUCCGCAGGAAGUUCCUCAACAUGAGCUCUCUGCAGGUGACAGAGGAAGUGAGGGAGCAUCUAAAAACUCCCAUUUUUGACAACUGGCAGUGGGAGGAGGCGGAGAUGCUGGUGCUCCUCCAGGUGAUGUUCACCGACCUGGACUUCCUGACAGCGUUCCACAUCGAGCUGGACAUCCUCCAGAACUUCUUGUUUGAGGUCUACUGCCACUACAACAACAUCCCCUUCCACAACUUCCAGCAUUGCUUCUGCGUGACUCAAAUGAUGUACGGGCUCAUUUGGCUGACAGACCUCAGAAACAAACUGGCGAGGACUGACCUUCUCAUCAUGCUGACUUCAGCUCUGUGCCACGACCUUGACCACCCCGGCUACAACAAUGUCUACCAGAUUAACGCCCAGACUGACUUGGCGCUUCGCUACAACGACAUCUCCCCGCUGGAGAACCACCACUGUGCCAUUGCCUUCGGAAUUCUGUCCAAGCCGGAGUGCAACAUCCUCAAACAUCUCACCAGCGAGCAUUACAAACACAUCCGUGCAGGAAUGAUCAAGUGCAUCUUGGCCACCGACAUGGCGAGGCACAACGAAAUCCUUAACAAGUUCAAGCUCAUCCAGCCCACGUUUGACUUCAAAAACAAGGAUCACAAGGAAGUGCUGAUGAAGAUCAUGGUGAAGGUGAGCGACAUCUCCAACGAGGCGAGGCCGAUGGCUGUGGCCGAGCCCUGGCUGGACUGUCUGCUGCAAGAGUUCUUCAACCAGAGUGACACGGAAAAACUCAAAGGGCUUCCAGUGACCCCGUUCAUGGACCGGGAUAAAGUAUCGAAGCCGUCCUCCCAGACCAACUUCAUCCGCUUUGUCCUGCUACCGCUCUUCACCGAGCUCACCAAGCUCUUCCCCUGUCUCGAGCAACAUAUCCUGGAGCCAGUGCGACGAGCCCUGGAAUACUACUCAGACCUGGAGAGGGCCACCCAGCAGGAGGAGGUGGCCACCAAACCCUGAUGAGGAUGACAUGGCC